CAACAACGAAUAAGCGUGUGAAGAAAAAGUAGAAGACACAUCAGAAAAACAUCAGAUCGAAAGUGAAAAAAAAAUGUUGGAAGGUGGUGACCGCUAAACGAAAACAUGAGAAAAUUUUCAUCGUUCAAACAGUAAUUACAACAUACUUUAGAAAAUGAGUCCCAAGUUCGAUGUAAGUGAAUUUACGCGUCGUCUGAAGCGAACGUUCGACGGCAACAUUUCCUACCGGAAGCUGUUCGCCCUGCUCUUUGUGGUGGCCGUGUUCCUCCUGUACAUUGGGCCGUCUUUUUUGCGCUGGUUGUUCGGAAGUAGCGAACCGACCAAAGAUCAUACGAUACGAUGCAUGGAUGACCGGUUGACACCGUUCUACCUGCAACAGCUGGAGUAUAACGUGAACAUCCGGCACCAGCCGAUGUUUGCCCACGAGUACGAUGCCAUUCCGUACGUUGGCAACGGGAUGUUCGGGCUGGAGAUCCAAGCGGACGCCCAUUUGAACAUUUUCCGCGGUCGGGCCCUGCUCCAGCCGGUUAAUUACCAUCCGAUCGUGAGCGUUGCGGCCGGAGGUCUGGGAACACACCGGGAGGCAACGGUGGUGGAAUAUUUGAGCGGUGUGGUACACCGCUUCCAGUGCUUUUCCGAGGGGUACUUUGUGUCGUAUCAGUACUAUGCGCACCGGACGAUGCCCUCGGUGCUGGUGCAGGAGAUUCAGAUCACCAACACCAAAAAUCAGCUGGUCGACGUGGAACUGGUCGUGCCGAGGAUCUCAGACUGGCCCACGGCCGUCACCCGGAGUGUGAAGCUCCAGCACGGUUCGACCAUCCUGGAAUACCAGGUGAUAACGGGCCUGGUUGACGCUGCGGCAUCGACCGGGAAUAACGAUGACGAUAAACGAAUCCGAGUGGUUUGCAUAGUAGCUCGCAAAAUGCCUCGAGUUCUGACGUUGAAAAAGCGCGGCACCACCAAGUUGGAACUGUUGCUGACCAUCAACUAUUCAGAUGCGAUUCCAAGGGAGAAGUAUGCAGUUUACAAGGAACUGGUUGAACAACAGACCAUCGAUGCCAUGAAUAAGGCCUUGCAGGCCGCAGAACAUGGGGAGCAUAACGCUUACUAUGCGUUCAAGCGAGAUCAUGUCAAGGUUUGGAACAGUUUGUGGGAAACGGGAUUUCACAUCAGCACUUCCAAGGCGGAGAAUACUUUGAACGGAAACGACAUCAAUGCGACUAUGUACGCCGUGAUUUCGCAAUCCAGGGCAUAUGAGUACGAAGUGUCCAGCAGUGUACAGAAAAAGCAGGACAUUGAGAGGGCGUUGACCUAUGCGGAAGGUUGUUACGACAGCUACCACACGUUGCAGGCUGAUAACCUAUGGAAGCAGACCAGCAGCCUCGAGGAAUUGAAUGGAGUGGUGGCCUCUUGGAUGCUAACCCUGGAGAAACAAGGCUGUCAUAAUCUGAUCAAGGCCGGUGCAAGCGGAAUAGUUCAAGCCAUGGUUCUAAGUUUCGGCGGGUUCCGAUUCAGCAAUCAACACUUGGAGUUGAACAUUCAUCCCAAGUAUCUCCAUCGGGAUUACGAUUUCCGACGAUUGAACUACGGCAAUAUGACCCACGUUAAUGUUUCAAUAGCGGUCCGCGACGACAACAAGGCGGUCCUUUUCGUGGCCCUGGACCGUUCCGAUGGAAACUAUUACGCUUGCGACGCCGGAUGUCUCGAUCCUCCCGUCCAGCUCGGUCCCUCUAAAACCAUAUUCCCGGUGAAACUAACCGAACCUCUGACCUCUAUUCUCUACAUCACUUCGGAUAAGAUCCACAUGGAGGACCUACGACAUGCCCUCCACGUCAAGGAAGUCGUCGAAGCACCGGCCCAUGAGCACCAUGUGAUUGCCCUGCACAAACACGGUCACUCGCUGGGGGCCCUUCCGACCUUAUUCUGGGUGUCGAUUUGCGUCAUCAUCGUCGUGUUCCAUGUGUUCCUCUGCAAGCUGAUAGUGAAGGAGUAUUGCGAACCGCCGGACAAGCUGCGCUACCGGUACAGCAAACCGUGAGAUGCGGAACUGAUGCUGUAGUUGAUUUGAGGUGUCCACGACGACGCUCCUCGCAAAAUCUGCCCUAGAGAGACUGUACAAUUGUAAAAGGUGUUUUAUCCUUUCUGUUUCGACCAGUAGAAGAAUGGUUCCACAAAGUAUUGGCAAUAAUAAAAGCAUUUCGGCAAUGCUAGCUAUAUUUUAAAAGCAAGGCGAA